UGUCUUCAUUCAUAUUGUGGGUUUACACUUACACUCUAUUGGUUUCACUAACUGUCAGUCAUCGACUCACGAGGUUCCAGAGUCACUUCCUGAUUUUUUGCAAAGACAACGCAACAACAACUUCUCUUCGAUCUGUUGAAGUGCAGAGCGAUCCACCCAAAGAAUGCAGCAGGAUGGAGCCCAGUGCUGGGCCGUCACUUGGGAUCUUCAGUAUUCUGCUUUUCCAGUUCACUAUGAUCCUACUACAGCCGUUCAGAGUGACGUCAGAGUUGAUUUGUUCUGAUCAGCCAAUUGUAGCCCUGGCUGGUGAUGAUGUCAUUCUACCGUGUCAACUUCAACCUGCAGUCACUGUCAGUUCUGAGAUGCUGCUGUGGAUCAGACCUGGUUUGGACCCAAAGUAUAUCCAUGUCCACAGAGCUGGACGACCAAUGUUAAUGGGUCAGAACCGAUUGUAUUAUAACCGCACAGCUGUGUUUGUGGAUCAGCUGAUGAACGGAAACGUCUCCCUGAAACUCUUCAGAGUGAAACUCUCUGAUGCAGGACGAUACACCUGCAUCAUUGAUUCAAAGCAGAUGGAAGCUUCUGUCCAGCUCACUGUGGGUGCUGCCUCCACACUUGUUGUUAACAUAACAGGGUUUGACAGAGGAGGAGUGGUUCUACAGUGUAAGUCUGCCGGCUGGUAUCCAGAACCUGAGGUGUUCUGGCUGGACCGUGAGGGAAACCUCCUCUCUGCUGGACCUACAGAGACAGUCAGAGGUCCUGAUGACCUCUAUACUGUCAGCAGCAGAGUGACUGUGGAGAAGAGACACAGCAACAGCUUCACCUGUAGAGUCCAACAGAACCACACCAACCAGAUCAGAGAGGCACAGAUACAUGUUCCAGAUGAUUUCUUCAUGGUCCCAUUGCCGAUUGCCGUUACUGUUGGUGUUGGUGUUGUAGCUGCAGUCUUGUUAGUUAUCGGACUAUGUUGGAUAUUCUACUACAGGAGGCAGCAGCAGGAUGAUGAGAAAAAGGAAAGAAAAAAGAAAAGAAAUCAGAAGGUCAAGAAGCAUGAUGUCAAUGAGAAUUCACGUGAAGACGAUCCCAUGUUGAACCUGGAGAAGAAGCUACUGGAGGAUCAGGGAGGCCAACUGGAAAGGGUGGUCGUCCUGUAAGGAUGUUGGUGCAGCGCAUGAAGUUAAAGUACUGCAUCGACUACCAUAAGGAUAAUGAUGUCAAAGUAUGACAUCAUAUACAUUAAAAUGUACUACCUCACGUACAUUUAUGAUAAUGAUGUUAAAGUAUUACAUCAUGUACCUUAAGGAUAAUGAUGUCAAAGUAUGACAUCAUAUACAUUCAAAUGUACUACCUCACGUACAUUUAUGAUAAUGAUGUUAAAGUAUUACAUCAUGUACCUUAAGGAUAAUGAUGUCAAAGUAUGACAUCAUAUACAUUCAAAUGUACUACCUCACGUACAUUUAUGAUAAUGAUGUUAAAGUAUUACAUCAUGUACCUUAAAGAUAAUGAUGUCAAAGUAUGACAUCAUAUACAUUCAAAUGUACUACCUCACGUACAUUUAUGAUAAUGAUGUUAAAGUAUUACAUCAUGUACCUUAAGGAUAAUGAUGUCAAAGUAUGACAUCAUAUACAUUAAAAUGUACUACCUCACGUACAUUUAUGAUAAUGAUGUUAAAGUAUUACAUCAUGUACCUUAAGGAUAAUGAUGUCAAAGUAUGACAUCAUAUACAUUCAAAUGUACUACCUCACGUACAUUUAUGAUAAUGAUGUUAAAGUAUUACAUCAUGUACCUUAAGGAUAAUGAUGUCAAAGUAUGACAUCAUAUACAUUCAAAUGUACUACCUCACGUACAUUUAUGAUAAUGAUGUUAAAGUAUUACAUCAUGUACCUUAAGGAUAAUGAUGUCAAAGUAUGACAUCAUAUACAUUCAAAUGUACUACCUCACGUACAUUUAUGAUAAUGAUGUUAAAGUAUUACAUCAUGUACCUUAAGGAUAAUGAUGUCAAAGUAUGACAUCAUAUACAUUAAAAUGUACUACCUCACGUACAUUUAUGAUAAUGAUGUUAAAGUAUUACAUCAUGUACCUUAAGGAUAAUGAUGUCAAAGUAUGACAUCAUAUACAUUCAAAUGUACUACCUCACGUACAUUUAUGAUAAUGAUGUUAAAGUAUUACAUCAUGUACCUUAAGGAUAAUGAUGUCAAAGUAUGACAUCAUAUACAUCAGAUCGUACCACCUCACAUACAUUUAUGAUAAUGAUGUUAAAGUAUUACAUCAUGCAUGUUUACGAUAAUGAUGUUAAAAUGUACUACAGUGUCAGACUUUCUCUACAUUAAGUUUGUCAUGUGUAGGUUUGUGUUUCUUUGUGCACCCUCUUGUCUCUGAGCCUGUCCAGGGUCUCUCCUCUCUCUGCUUACAGCUAAUGCUUUAUAAAGCUGAAAACACUAAGGUUGUGUUCAGACCAGGCUGCUGCAAUUUACUCAUCUAAAAAAAUAUAUAGAUUAAACUAAUUUGUGCCAGUGAAAAGACAGCAAAGGAGAAUGUUGAGAGGUCUCUGAACUGUUUUGUUUUCAUGAGUUAAAAUAUCAGAUUGUUGUUUCCUUGAUGUCACGAUAAAUGUCACUUUAAAAGCCUGAUGCAAAACGUUACAGAGAAACAUAAUGCAGACGAUCAGUCAACUCACUCAUUUGUAAAAAAAAAACUGGAAAUGUUUUAAAGAUGGAAAAUUCAGUCUGUCCAACAGGAUACUAAUGUUUAGCUAAUAGUUUACCUGCUCUUACUGUAGUUCAUCACUGUAGCUUGUGUCAACAUAUUGUGUGAUUUGUAAGACCUUUUUUCAUUGAAAAAUAAAUAAAUGAUCAUAACCCGUC